GCUCGCCAUGUCGACUCGAUAUUUGAGAUGCUGAAAGAACUCGACGUCGUUAAUACGAGAGAGGAAGCAGAGGAAAGAUGUUUCUUUUACUCUGGGAGAGAGGCUCUUGACUUGGCUCUUGGUGAGGAAGGAUUCUUGGUCAGGGGAUGGGAAGAGAGAUUCAAGACGUUCCAGAAUUUCAUCUCCAAAAUUGAGGAGAGGGCGACAUCAGCGGGGAUAACGACCAAACUAAAUCUGAACCGUGACACAUGCCAAGAAGUCCUACAUCAGUGCAUCGGAAGUCUGUCAGCACUGGAGAAACGCAUGCAAAACAAGACGUCUGAUUUCAAGAAUGAUAUUGAGUCCAUAAGGAGCAAAUUAAAAUCAUACGAUGAGAAAAUGGCUGAAUUUGUGAAGGAAAGUAAAGACCUGAGAACGAAAGCUCUGGUAACAAUUGACGAAUCGAUAUCUCGUUGCAUGGCUGAAGUUAGCGACAAGAUGUCUCAAACUUUGAGAAUAAAUUCAGACAAUGACGGAUUCGAGGAAGAUCAGGUCCAUCAGUAUGCUGAGAGAGCAAUCUUAAUCUGGUAUCGAAAGAUAUUAGAUGAGCUUCAGCGAGCUACGGAUAAAGUAUGUGAGGAUUAUUCGUUCUAUGUGCUAGCAUCCUAUGAGAAGCACAUGUCAAUGUUCCCCCAGGACACUCCCAGGGCCUAUCUGCUUGAUAACCAAGACGAACAAGAACAGCCCAAUUCCAUCCCUGGAUCACCGAUUCCCAGAGCCGCGGUGCAGAGGGUGCUAUCUGGUAUUAACGUUCGCCCCGUUUGGGCUUCCUUCGCCUCCACUCGUCGACGACUCUCCUCAGUCGAAACUGACGCAGAACGUAAUGCCCUAAUACGCGGAAUGGCUGCUGCUACAGGAGUUUUCUUCAUGCAUGUUCGGCAGUGGAUCAGGGUUUCUGUGGAGCAGAAGUUAGAGAGGCUGACAACCAAAGAGAAAGACUUCCUGAUCUGUCCUCCUAUCAGAGUAAAAUGCCGCGAAGCAGUAGAGAUAUUCUGCGACAACGCUGAUGGGUACUACAGAGAGACUUGUAUUCGUGAAGUGCAGGAAGUUCUCCAAACACAGAAGGCGAAGUUGGAGGAGAAGCAUUCCCAAAUGAUACAACUUUCCACAGAUUUCGUCAAUCUUAGGGCUGAGGCAGACCAGAUCAAAUGCAAAGACAACAGCGAUGAUCACAUGACCGAAUAGUCAGAUGAAUCAGUGACACCCAUUGUAACAAUGUAAUUUAAAAAAUCUUGUUAUACAAGACAUGACAGAGGUAAAUUUGUUCCAGACCACCUGAGUCGGGCUUCUGAAUUCAGAGACACAAGCAAAAGACAAAUCACUAUAUGUCCAUAUAUAGUAUUUAUAUGUGGUAUGAAGGAAUAAAAUAUGAACUAAAGUCACACAUGUUAAAGCUGAACUGACAUACAUAUAAGCUUGA